UAUUAUUUGGUCGAGUCUAUCUCCACAGUCGUUGUCGUCGUCGUCGUCGUCGUCGUUCUCACCGUCCGUGAGAUAUAACAAUAUAUAUAUAUAUUAUAUUCAUUUUUUUCGUUUAAUUUUUUUCCCCGACCGAUCAUCGUCUUCGUUGUCGUCGUUUUCCUACAUCGUAGUAAUAAUAUUACUAUUAUCGUAUUCAAUUAUCGUGUUAUUUCCACGUCAUGCAGGACUUGUAUCGCCUUCUCCGCCGCCGCCGCCGCCGUCACCGUCGUCCGCAAACAGCCACGGCAGUCUAAUAAUUAUUUAUUAGGAUAACUAUACACUAUACAGUGCAUGUUGUUAAAGUUUAUUCUGUUGUUAUUGUUUCGUGAACAUCACUCGACGCACCAGUCACCACUCGGUCAUGCGGUACGUUACGACCGUGAUGAACCGUGUUAUUUUGGCGUCGUUCCUUUUAGCCGGCGUUGCGAGAUGUUACAAUUACGAUGAGGUAUUGCGGUUGUCACUCAUGUUCUACGAAGCGCAGAGGUCGGGUCACCUGCCUGCCAACAACCGCAUCCCGUGGCGGGCCGAUUCCGCGAUCACAGACAAAGGGCAGAACGGCGAAGAUUUAUCUGGAGGAUAUUAUGACGCUGGCGAUUUUGUAAAAUUUGGCUUCACUAUGGCAAGCACGACAACUAUUCUAGCAUGGGGAUACUUGAGUUAUAAAGAGGCAUACGAGGAAGUUAACGAAUGGGAAAACGCAUUAGGUUCAAUACGUUGGGCCGCGGAGUACUUUAUCAAGUGUCACGUUAGUGAUUACGAAUUCUAUGGACAGGUGGGCGACUUUAAUCUGGACCAAGGUUUUUGGGGUCGACCAGAAGACAUGAAUAUGUCUAGGCCAUCAUACAAAAUCGACAAAAAUCGACCAGGUUCCGAUUUGGCCGGCGAAACGUCUGCCGCUCUUUCUGCCGUGUCGAUAGUAUUCACCAAAAUCGAUUCCAAUUUUUCGGCCAGUUGCUUAAGUCACGCUAAACAACUGUACCUAUUCGCUACUCAGUACAGAGGCCUCUACCACGACGCCAUUAAAGGAGCGGCGCAAUACUACGAAUCGACAGAUUAUGGUGAUGAAUUAACGUGGGCCGCGGCAUGGCUGUACAAGGCCACAAAGGAAUCACAGUAUUUGGACGACGCCGAAUACAUGUACAUGAAGUACCGACUCAAAGAACGGCCGAACGAAUUUUACUUCAACAAAAAAGUCGCAGGCGUACAGGCACUUCUAGCCGAACUGACCAAUCAAUUCGAAUAUACUGAAGCAAUUCAAAAUUUUUGCGAUUACAAUUUAUACGUUCAGAAGAAAACACCCAAAGGAUUAUUAUACAUCGAAAAAUCUGGUACAUUGUGUCACGCUGCAAACAUCGUGUUCUUGUGCUUGCAGGCAGCCGAUAUAGGCAUAAAGUCAACGCGAUACCGAGAAUUUGCCAAACAACAGAUCCACUACAUACUGGGAGAUGGAGGACAAAGUUUCGUGGUGGGAUUUGGUAAAAAUUACCCAUUACAACCGCAUCACGCAGCGAGCUCGUGCAUGGAUCGUCCGGCUCCGUGUGACUGGGAAGCGUAUCGGAGCACCAAGCCCAAUCCACAGGUGCUGUACGGCGCGCUGGUCAGCGGACCCGACGAGAACGACAACUAUAAGGACCUACGGGAAGAGUACAUCUACAACGAGGUGACGUUGGACUUCAACGCGGGCUUUCAGUCAGCCGUCGCGGGACUCAAGCAACUGGAAUUGCAGGCCAGUCGAAACAAGGCACUGUCGAACAUCAAUAACGAAACGUUAAACGGAAACUGGACCGACGUGCUUUCCACCGCAUCCAACGCGACGGACGCGUGAUUUUCCCGGGUCAUCACAUUUCACUUCUGUUUCUUCGUAUUAAAAUUAAAAAAAUGUAUAUGUUUUCUUUGAACCGAAGACGACGAACCCGUGGUCCACGAAAUAUAUCACCGCCGCAUCAUCGCAACAUCCAAAUUUAUUAUUAUCGUUGACGGCGACGAGAGUCGCAUAAUAGACACGCGUAUAGGUAUUAUAGUACACGGAGAGGGGCGAUAAUGGAUUUUGAUUUUGCGAGCUCAUUAUUUCUAUUCUUUGAGGAAUAAUUUUGAGGGCGUGGGAAGGGAUGGGGGGGGGUUGAUGGUGUAUUGUCGAUAGAUUUUCGUCAUACCACCGUUUCGAACACCAUAUAACGAUAUUUAAUAAUAUAUGAUAUCAUAAUUAUUAGAGACGAGUUGAAUUUCAUUUUUUAAGAAAUCAAAUCGAAACAUAAUAUUUUUUUUUCUAACUGUUCGAGAUUAAACCGGAACUAUCGUACAUUUUUAACGUUUAAACUUUUAUUGAAGAAUAACACGAUAAUAAAAUCGUAUCAACCAACUAAAAGGACUAUAUGGGAAAUACGAUAAAUAAAAAUAGUAUUCUAGUGUGUAUUUUAUAUUAAUACCGCUAUCGAACUUUAUUUAUUUUAAACUUUUUGUGUUGUAUUCGAUUUUGAGUGUGAAUUUCAAUCGAAUUUCGAAUAGUUCUGAAUGUCCGAGAACUGGUCGUAAAAGUAUUAUCGAUUGUGUUUGGCUGAAAAUUCUUUAAAAGCCCAUGGUAAAAGGUGGUAUAAACGGAUACCGGAGUAUUUAACGCAGCGCCGGCGCCAACAUUUUCGAAAUAACAGUAUUUUUGUGAUAGGUAUCGAUGACUCGUACGCCGCGACGCCACCGUCGUAUAAUAAUACAAAAUAAUAUUUUGAUAGAUUAACGCGGUGGUGUGUAUUACGUUUCGUAAUAAUGAUUUCGUGGAAAUAUACUGCCCGGACUCGAUGUUCUGAUACAUAAUAUAGGCACUUACACAAGCUAUGUGGGUACGAUACGAGUGUAUACUUUUUCGUCCCAACUCAGUGAUAAUAUGUUGUUAUCAUUAUUCAAGUCUUCGGUGAUAUAAAAACAUGUCAGAUAAUUUUUA